AUGUCGGAAAAAACAGAAGAAAGUCACAACGAGCUUUUCGAGAUCCUGUCAAGUUACGGAGACCUCAAGAUUGAAGAAACGGACGACGAUUCCACUACAGAGGAAGACCUUUCGGAAACAAGUGAGGAUCGCAGAUUUGUGGCAUCAGAGAGCGAUGAUGCCACGUACUCAGAAGAAGAGUCGCCAGGAUCCAGUCUUCCCUGCAUCUGCCACACCAUGGAUGAUCACAAUCCUUCGGGGGCUGUUGGCAAAAAGAUACCGAUUGGCGCCAUUGAUUCCCGUCUAGUCUCCGAAGAUGGAAUUUCGGUGAUCCAGUAUCUGGUCUUGUGGCAAUCGUGGGAGCGAGAGAUGCCGCAUCAGUAUGAUGUGAGCGAGAAUCUGUCUUCUUCGGCCAGAUCAUGUGUCUAA